AGAUUUUUCAAACCUCAGGAAAUGGGAAAGGCAAAGCAACUUCCAUAAAAAAAAAAAACUACCGGUAAUUCGAGAGCCGUCUAGCCUCCCAGCUGACAGUCUGCCACCUGUAUCUUCUUCCAGCACCCAACAGCACACAACUUUUUAUUCCCUUUUGAAUGUCUUUUUGUCUGAGAUCUCAGAUUCAGUUGGAACUUAGUUUGGAUAUGGUUUCUAGUGUCUCUCAAUCAGGCGCCGCGUGAGCCAGAGCCGUAAACUCGAGAGAAGAUUCGGUUAACGUUAGUCCGAGCAUCACUGUCUUGUGUGUAUCGGACAUUAUUUCACGAUGUCGGGUGUGACGCUUCAGAGCAGCUGUCUGCGGGGUCUGGCUGAAGGGGACCUCAUGGACCCUGAGUUCCAGCAGCGUGUAGAGGAUGCGAUCGCCCUUCUCCGGCAGGAGAUCCAGCGGGAACUGAAGAUCAAAGAGGCGGCUGAGCGGCUGCGGCGGGCGGUGACCAACCGCAAGAAUGCUGCUGAUGUGGACGGUCAGCUUAGAGCCUCCAGCCGAAAGCUGGAGCAGCUCCACUGGGAGCUCCAGGAGCUGAAUGCACGUGCUAUGGCCACACAGAAAGAUACUAUUACAGAUGAUGCCACCUCUCCAGAUCCGUGCCAUUGGGAAGAGAUCACAUCACCCUUAGGCAGCCGUGUCCGUACUUUGAAAAAACAACUUACCAUGGAGCUCAAAGUGAAACAAGGAGCCGAGAACAUCAUUCAGACUUACGCCAACAGUUCUGUCAAGGAUCGGAAGAUGUUGUCCAGAGCCCAGCAGAUGCUGCAGGAUAGCAAGACGAAAAUUGAGCUGCUCCGCAUGCAGAUUGUCAAAGUCACCCAGGCCAGAGAGGGAGAGCGGGAGACCACACAGCCAGAGGGUCGCCCCUCUGAAACAAUUAGUCCACUUGAGCUGCGGGUGGAAGAGCUCAGGCACCAUCUGAGGAUUGAGGCAGCUGUGGCAGAAGGUGCCAAAAAUGUGGUCAAGCAGCUUGGUGUACGCAAAGUGCAGGACCGACGUGCUCUAGCCGAGGUAAGUGCAUGGCGACUGGAUGUCAGGCUGAUGGGUUGUCAGGACCUGCUGGAGUCAGUUCCAGGCCGCUGUCGGGUAAGUAACAUGUCCUCCGCCCCUGGAAGUCCCUCUGAGUCCAAAUCACUGAGGAUGAGAACCGGCCUCUCCACCCGCAGCACGAACGGCAAGACCACCAAGACUGAUGAGCUCUCAUGGCGACUGGAUGUCAGGCUGAUGGGUUGUCAGGACCUGCUGGAGUCAGUUCCAGGCCGCUGUCGGGUAAGUAACAUGUCCUCCGCCCCUGGAAGUCCCUCUGAGUCCAAAUCACUGAGGAUGAGAACCGGCCUCUCCACCCGCAGCACGAACGGCAAGACCACCAAGACUGAUGAGCUCUCAUCGGAGAUCAGCGCUGUAUUGAAGGUGGAUAACAAGGUAGUUGGUCGCACACAUUGGCGGCCGCUGAGUAAGGAGGCCUGGAAUCAGAGCUUUAGCAUCGAACUCGAGCGGUCUCGGGAGCUGGAGAUUGCGGUGUACUGGCGAGACUGUAGGUCCAUGUGUGCUGUGAAGUUCCUGCGUUUAGAAGAUUUUCUGGACAACCAGCGGCAUGGCAUGUGUCUUUAUCUAGAGCCACAGGGCACACUGUUCACAGAGGUGAGAUUCAACAAUCCUGUCAUUGAGCGACAUCCUAAACUACAACGACAGAAACGGAUUUUCCCAAAAGAAAAAGGGAAAAAUUUUCUGCGGGCAGCACAGAUGAAUAUGAACUUUGCCACUUGGGGGCGUCUAAUGAUGAGCGUGCUGCCCCCCUGCAACAGCACCGUCACCGCCUUGAGCCCUCCUCUGCCCGGCUCUGAGCCCAUGUCCCCUCCAACUGUGUCCACGCCUCCUUCCUCUGGAGACUCAGCAGUUGUUAAACUGAAUUUCAGUGAGGAGCGUCCUGCCAAGCCCCUGCGCCUCCACUUGGCACAGAACCCCACGACUGACGCAUCACUUUCUGCGACUCCUGCCACAGUGAAUUCCUCUGAGGAUAACCAAGUUCUCAAAGGCAGGCCUGUGUCCCAGCCUACACCUCAGAGGGAAGAGGGGAUGCAGAUGGAGGACUUCAAUUGCAUUUCUGUAUUAGGAAGAGGGCACUUUGGAAAGGUCCUGCUGGCUGAAUUCAGGAGGACUGGGAAACUAUAUGCCAUCAAAGCCCUGAAGAAAGGGGAUGUUGUGACCCGGGAUGAAGUGGACAGUUUAAUAUGUGAAAAGAGAAUUUUUGAGACCAUCAAUGUGUUCCGUCAUCCUUUCUUGGUGAACCUGUAUGGGUGCUUCCAGACACCUGACCAUGUGUGCUUUGUGAUGGAAUAUUCACCUGGAGGAGACCUGAUGACCCACAUCCACAACAGCAUCUUCUCUGAACGCCAGGCUAGGUUUUAUUCUGCAUGUGUAUUACUAGGCCUGGAGUUUCUGCACCAAAACCGGAUUGUAUAUAGGGACCUAAAGCUGGACAAUCUGUUAAUGGAUUCAGAUGGCUUUGUGAGAAUUGCAGAUUUUGGACUUUGCAAAGAAGGUAUGGGACAUGGCGACCGUACGUCAACCUUUUGUGGCACCCCAGAGUUCCUGGCCCCGGAGGUUUUGACAGACAGCACCUAUACCCGUGCAGUGGACUGGUGGGGUUUGGGUGUGCUCAUCUAUGAGAUGCUAGUGGGAGAGUCUCCAUUCCCCGGUGAUGAUGAGGAGGAGGUGUUUGACAGCAUAGUGAACGAUGAAGUGCGCUACCCCAGGUUUUUGUCCCCCGAGUCAGUCUCUAUAAUACAAAAGUUGUUGCAGAAGAACCCUGAAAAACGACUGGGAGCAGGAGAGCAAGACGCCAAUGAAGUGAAGAGACACAGGUUCUUCCAGGGCAUAGACUGGGAAGCCCUGUUGGCCAAAAGAGUCAAACCUCCUUUCCUUCCGUCAAUAAAAGCCCCAGCAGACGUCAGUAACUUUGACGAGGAGUUCACGCGCCUGAAGCCUGUUCUGACCCCUCCGCAGACCCCGUUCUUCCUCACCACCGAGCAGCAGGAGUUCUUUGCAGACUUUGACUUCUCGGCCCUGCACUGACUUCCACUCGAUUACCCUCGGAAGUGGUUGUGACCUAUCAAAUCUCUGCUUUCUUUUCUCUCUGUCUUCUUCAUCCAAUUAUUCUCUCUCGUCCUCCCUUGAGUUAUGCUGUGGAAUCGAGUGAAGCUGGCCUCGUGUCACCCUUUAAGAGCUGCUGUACGCUUUUCGUGAAACUGUCUGCAAAUGUGUGCUUAAGCUCCAAAGACAGUCCUGAUGGACUUUAAAACCAUACGAUCACCCCUGACCAGAACUGUGAGUAAGCUCAGAUCUGCUCAGCUUUUAACUGCCCAUCCCUGAUAUUCAAACAUGCAUUUAUUAAUGUACAUUAGUUUUUGGGUUGGGUUAUACUGUUUAAAAAAAAAAAAAAAGAGAAGUCUCCCUGUUACACUAAAUUAUGAUGCCAAAAUAUACUUGCACUGUUGCUGAACAGAUAAUGAUGGUCAAAUUGAGAUGGAAGGACGAAAUGCUGUGCCGCUUUUAAGGAUUUCUGAUGCAGGCAGAUCUGUCUUAAGCUCCUUAAGUUCCAGACUGUAACUAUCAGAGUGUGUUCUCAGUGUAAGAUCAUGCAAAUUCCUCCAUGCUUAGUCUAUGUGAUGUAUGUUCAUGUUAAACCCUCACAUUUUGAUCUCUGGUUGUCCCUAAUCUGGAUUUGAUUUCGGAUUGGUGCCCCAGAUAAAUGUUGCUUGUUGAUUUUGGACCAGUUCUCAACUUUCCAAACCGAGCUCUUUACUGUACUUGCAGAAGUCUUGUGACUUUCGGUUGCUCUGUCCUGCCUUUCUCUUUAUAGUCCUCCUCUGGACAAAUCGAAGACUGCUGAAUUAGACCAAGCAUAUUCUACUUGACGUCUUAGCAUGAUACGUUUAGCACAUUAACUCGCUAAGCUGAAAUUGAAACAUUCAACUGUUUUUGCUCUGCGUCAUCUAACAGAAGCUCAUUACGUUGUUCGCUAUUUAAGGUGUUUGUAUUUUACUUUUGACUACAUUUGGCUACCAUUGUAAAUGUGGUUUACUACUGAUAAGUUACACUGUGAACAAAAUGACACUAAAAUAUUUAAAUGAAACUUGCCAUUUCUAUGAGCCCCAUGAAGGAUAAUUAAAUAUCUAAGUCAAUGUAACUGAACGGGAUGAAUGUAUUUUCAGAAAUAAAAUACAGUGUGAUCAUGUUGUUCAGUUUAUUGAACACUGAUGUUUCAAAAUAUUACAUUGAGGAAAUUUUUUUUGCAUAACUUUGAUCAAAACGGCGCAAAUCAGUCAUGAAAUCUCAGCAUUAAUAUUGAUACUUGAAAAACACUCAAGUGCAAAAGUUAAGGAAGCAAUUUAAAGAAACUGAAAUAAAGUAAAAGCAAAAACAAUUAUUGCUUUUAUGACUGUAUAUUAUUCUGAGAAUAUUCUAACUAAUGUUUGUUAAAGUCACACUAUGUGGACUUUAGAUCUGUGGAACUGAGAUCUAACAGUCAAAGGAGUCACAUGCACUUACAUCUUUCUUUCUUUCUUUCUUUAAGAUGCUGAUGUGUCAUAGGAAAGGCCCUGUUUAUAUAAAAAU